AUGGGUUUAAGUGAAAAUGAUGUUGCUAAACAGAUUCAACAAAUGAUAUCAUUUAUAAAACAAGAAGCAGCUGAAAAAGUUGAAGAAAUCGAAGCAAAAGCUGAAGAAGAAUUUAAUAUUGAAAAAAGUCGUUUGGUUUCUCAACAACGUAUUAAAAUAAUUGAAUAUUAUGAUAAAAAAGAAAAACAAAUUGAAUUACAAAGAAAAAUUCAACAUUCAAAUUUAGCAAAUGCAAGUCGUUUAGCAAUUCUUAAAGCACGAGAUGAUUAUGUUCAAACAUUAAAAGAUGAAGCGCGAAAACAAUUAACUAUUUUAACACAAGAUCAAUCAAAAUAUACAACAAUUCUUGCUAAUCUUAUUGCACAAGGUCUUUUUUUACUUAUGGAAAAAGAUGUUACUAUAAGAUGUCGACGUAAUGAUACAAAUCUUGUUAAACAACUUAUUCCUGAUGCAAUGGAUCGUUAUAAAAAAGAAUUAAAACAAAAAGAUAUUAAAAUUACAAUUGAUGAGAAGAAUUUUUUACCUGACGAAUCAGCUGGUGGUAUUGAACUUUAUGCAAUGGGAGGAAAAAUUAAAGUAUCGAAUACAAUUGAAGCUCGACUUUCAAUGAUUUUUAAUCAAAUUCUUCCUGAAAUACGAGAAAAAUUAUUUGGUGUUAAUCAAAAUAGAAAAUAUCAUGAUUAA